AGUUUGGCCAGCCAACAGGAAAAGGCACUUUUGCCUAUGUGGUCAGAUGAAUCCCAUCUCUUCCUAGCAGUCACCUGUCUUGAGCGAGGGUCCCAUGCUUGUGAAGUCAAAAUCCCUCUUGUCAAUGCCAGCUGCACAAACAAUUUUUUGACCUGUAGGAUCUAUCCACUCUUCCUCGGUUUCUUCCCCCUCACUGUCAGAGUUGAGGAGAUAGACUCUUGGUCCAUUGCUUUUUAUGAAAUAAUGGUAUUAAGAAAUCUGCAAGUAUAACAUCAACUUCUUUCCAUAUGACAAGUAAGGAGCCGCUCUAAGUGUGUUACUAAUCCCUGUGUAAAACUAACCUAUAGUUGGAGAUCUGUGUAGUAAAAUAAAGGUGUUUUUGUUUUAGUUCUGUUUUUUUUUUUUUUUUCAAAAUAGGACUGCUUCAUAGAGAGACAUGAAUUCUUCUGUCAGGGAGGAGCACUUGAAGCAAUAAUUGUUUCUCCUGGGCAAAACUUGCUCAUGAAUCUUUAAUCAAUUUCUGCAUUAGAGCAGCUCUGUACAUAGAGGAUUCUAAUGAAGGGAGUAAUAUGUGGGAGGCUGUGGACUAUUUGCUUCCAACAUAGGAACGGCACUGGGUUGGGAAUCUGCACUCCUGAGAGAAUGCUGGGAAUCUGCAGAGGGCGACGGAAAUUCCUGGCUGCCUCUCUGACUGUCCUCUUCGUGCCAGCCAUAACGUGGAUUUAUCUGUUUGCUGGGAGUUUUGAAGAUGGGAAGCCAGUGUCGCUGUCUCCACUUGAGUCCCAGCCCCACAGUCCUCAUUACACGGCCUCAAGCCAGAGGGACCGCGAGAGCCUGGAGGUCCGCAUGCGGGAGGUGGAGGAGGAGAACCGUGCGCUGCGCAAGCAGCUCAGCCUGGCGCAGAGCCGCGGCCCCUCGCACCACCGCGGCAAUCACUCCAAGACCUACUCCAUGGAAGAGGGCACAGGCGACAGCGAGAGCCUGCGGGCUGGCAUUGUGGCGGGGAACAGCUCGGAGUGCGGGCAGCAACCAGCAGUGGAAAAAUGCGAGACUAUCCACGUCGCCAUUGUUUGUGCAGGGUAUAAUGCCAGUCGGGAUGUUGUCACACUCGUCAAGUCCGUGUUAUUUCACAGGCGAAACCCACUCCACUUUCACCUCAUCGCAGAUGCAAUUGCCAAACAGAUCCUCGCAACUCUGUUCCAGACGUGGAUGGUCCCUGCUGUGCGCAUAGACUUCUAUGAUGCAGAUGAGCUCAAGUCGGAAGUGUCAUGGAUCCCCAACAAACACUACUCUGGGAUUUAUGGGCUGAUGAAAUUGGUUCUAACGAAGACUCUACCUUCCAAUCUUGAGCGAGUCAUUGUCCUUGACACAGACAUAACAUUUGCCACUGACAUCGCUGAGCUAUGGGCCGUCUUCCACAAGUUCAAAGGGCAGCAGGUUCUUGGCUUGGUGGAGAACCAGAGUGACUGGUAUUUGGGCAACCUCUGGAAGAAUCAUCGGCCCUGGCCAGCACUUGGGAGGGGCUACAACACAGGGGUUAUCUUGCUGCUUCUCGAUAAGUUACGGAAGAUGAAAUGGGAGCAGAUGUGGAGACUCACAGCCGAGCGGGAGUUAAUGAGCAUGCUGUCCACUUCACUGGCUGACCAGGAUAUCUUCAAUGCAGUCAUCAAGCAAAAUCCCUUCCUUGUCUACCAGCUUCCAUGUUUCUGGAAUGUUCAGCUGUUGAUCACACUCGUUUCUGAGCAGUGCUACAGAGAUGUGUCUGACCUGAAGGUGAUUCACUGGAACUCACCAAAGAAGCUGCGAGUGAAAAACAAGCACGUGGAGUUUUUUCGCAACCUCUACCUGACAUUCCUAGAAUAUGAUGGGAACUUGCUGAGACGGGAACUCUUUGGCUGCCCCAGUGAGGCAGACAUUAACAGUGAAAACCUCCAGAAACAGCUGUCUGAGCUAGACGAGGAUGACUUAUGCUAUGAAUUUCGUCGAGAACGUUUCACCGUCCAUCGCACUCAUUUGUAUUUUCUACAUUACGAAUAUGAACCCGCUUCAGACAACACUGAUGUAACGCUGGUGGCUCAACUUUCAAUGGACAGGCUCCAGAUGCUUGAAGCUAUCUGCAAACACUGGGAAGGUCCAAUUAGCCUGGCACUCUAUCUUUCUGAUGCAGAAGCCCAGCAAUUUCUGCGCUACGCCCAGGGCUCAGAAGUACUAAUGAGCCGCCACAAUGUCGGCUACCAUAUCGUGUACAAGGAAGGCCAGUUCUAUCCUGUGAAUCUGCUAAGGAACGUGGCCAUGAAGCAUAUCAGCACACCGUACAUGUUUCUGUCUGACAUUGACUUCCUGCCCAUGUAUGGACUCUACGAGUACCUCAGGAAGUCCGUCAUCCAGCUAGACCUGGCUAACACCAAGAAAGCUCUGAUUGUACCUGCUUUUGAGACCCUACGCUACCGCCUUUCCUUCCCCAAGUCAAAAGCAGAGCUGCUAUCUAUGUUGGACAUGGGAACCCUCUUUACAUUCAGGUAUCACGUCUGGACAAAAGGGCACGCGCCAACAAACUUUGCCAAGUGGCGAACAGCCACCACCCCCUACCGUGUUGAGUGGGAAGCAGACUUCGAGCCAUACGUUGUUGUGAGGAAGGACUGCCCGGAGUAUGACAGGCGGUUUGUUGGAUUUGGCUGGAACAAAGUGGCUCACAUCAUGGAACUGGAUGCACAGGAGUACGAGUUCACGGUGCUGCCCAACGCCUACAUGAUCCACAUGCCGCAUGCCCCCAGCUUUGACAUCACCAAGUUUCGCUCCAACAAGCAAUACCGCAUCUGUCUCAAGACCCUGAAGGAAGAGUUCCAGCAGGACAUGUCACGUCACUAUGGCUUUGCAGCUCUCAAAUAUCUCACGGCAGAGAACAACAGCUAGCACAGCGGAGCCCAUUUAGAGGAAACAGAGACACUGAAGGGAGGAGCCACUCAACGUUUGAGGCCCGGUCUUCAAACUUUGAACUGAGAAAUACUUUCUGUUUUUAUAUCAUACCUGGCAGUUCUAACAGUAGAAAUUUGAAGUGACAUGUCUUCAGACUGUGCUCAUCAGCCCCUUCCCCAGCCACCCCAGGCCUUUCAGCUUUAGCAUUUGUGAGGUGUCAACAAGAGGGGCCGGCUACGCGCCCACUGUACUACAAGAGGUGGGGACUGGGCAUGGGCUGGGAAUGCACUCUGUUCUCUUAACUGCAGAGCAAAGACAGACCUUCAGAAUAUAGGAUUUCAUGUUGCUAUUUAAUAAUUUGACAUGCUUUUUAUCUGUAAAGGAAGAUCUUCGGGUCACUGUCCUGUGAAUUUCAAAUCUGCACUACUCUGAAAGGGAACUUUCACCUGUGAACGUUCACAGUGGCCCUCUUAACAUGGAUGACCUUGUAAAUGCAGGAUGAGCCAAAGGUCUGAAUUAGCCUUGAAAAUGAAGGGGACACUUGUACAAUACUGCACUCGAGAAGGUGUGUUACAGGUUUAGGUGUGUACAUGAUAUCAGUUGGUCUUUUAUGCUCAAAUUAGUUAAGUUUUAUCAGGAAAAUCCCUUAUGCCCUGCCCUGCCUUUUCCUCAGUCCUAAAUGCUGUUCCUUUCCUUGCCAAGGAAAUGUCUCCAUUGUGUUUCUUUCCCAUCUUCAGUUCUGGUGGUCCAGUAAAGAAGAUCAGUAGCUCUGCCCAAAAGUGAACAAAACCUGUCAGUGUAAGGUCUGUUUUCACCAGAGCAACUUGUUCAUAUGUGUCUCGUAAAAUAAAGGGCCUGGUUGUAACUCUUUAUCUUCUUUAGGCAAGAAUUGGAUUUUGCCUAGAAGGCAUGUUGUGCAGGGGGAUAUUGAUUCAUAGACUCAUUUCAGUGCAUGCCUAUCCAUGAAGGCACUGGGCCUGGGGCUUUAAGUGAACUUCUUUGCUGAACAGGGAAUAUAAGCGCGACAACUCGUAGCCUGGGUGCUCUCCUGCUGCCUGCUACAAGGUCUCAGAACUACUUCGUUAAAGGAGUUUAUAAAUAAAAGGAGCAGAACUGUUAGGAAUAAACUCCCCAUUCGAGGGAGAAAAGUUUAUGUUGGGAAUCUGAGUGUGAUUGUUUGCUUGAAUGUGGGCUGGUCAAGUUCACAACUUCAAUACACACAGGAAUAUUCUGGAGGGUGGACAGGAAACUUAAGCAAAACACAGAAAACAAGACACUGGACUUUUUAGUUUUCUUUGUCUUUCAGUAUUAAUGUUGUGUUUACAUUGGAUGAGGAGCUGAGGUUUAAUGCACUACCCCUUGCAGGGCUAUUUGUAAUUUCUGUUGCAAUGUUAAUAGAGAAAGCAGAAACGAUUCAGUGAGAAAUGUGUCUCUCUCCUUUCCCCAGAUCCCUGUACAACCACAUGUACCAAUACCACUGCCUGAACUGGAAAAUGGGUCCACAUUGUGUUCUGCUCACUUUGUUCCAUUUUGUUUUUCAGCCACUGGACCUUCUACUUUCUUCCCCACCUCAUCCCUCUAGAGCUUGGUUUUAUUUCUAACCUGACAUUUCGUGAGAGCUUUUUGUUACAGUGGAAACCACGCCGUUAAACCAGACAUUUAAACUACAAAUAUCAGUUCAUCAUGCUGUGUAUAUAUAAGAAAAGCCAAAAAAGGCAACAUCUUUGAGAAGGAAUAAAAAGGGGCGGGAGGCUAUGUGCAAUUACUGAUUUUUCCCCUGGGAGUGUUGGCUGCGUAAGAAUACAUCAGUGCAUAAUUUUCCAAAGUGCUUUUCUUUGGUUCUUAAUGGCUUUAUGUAAAGAUUUACAUAAAAAUCUUUGAAGAGCUGGGAAGAAGUGAAAUGAGUACUCAGUCAGUCUUGGCUAAGAUAUAUUUUAAAAAAAAAAUCUUAACUCGCCAAGUCCUGUAUUACUCACCAUUAAGGGCCCAGGUCACCAUGCAUACUGAGAAUGAGAACCCUGCAGCACAGAGCCAUGAUGAUUAGCUAAUGUGCAAGAAGUUAUCAAAAGCUGAUCGUGGGAGGGGCUGAACAUUUGUUGUGCCUACAUAAAAUCUCCCAUCAGAGUUUCAGUGUGGCCACAAUUAUGUUUCAUAUACAUUGGAAACUCAUUUCCAGGUGUACAUUUCUUCUUGGCUUAACAAUGUUGCCCAAGGAUGGACUAGGUUGCCUGCAACAGCAUAACCUGUAGCGUGGACUUGUACGUAGUUUGGGUGUGCCAUUAUCAAUGUCAACAUUAUUUUCUCGUUUUCACCAGAGGUCCUGGGAUGCAGCUGGGGGAGAUGGGAGGUAAUCAUUUGCACCUUGCCUCUUUGUGCAGCAAGUUGUGGGAGCUCCUGGAUAGGCUUAGAUUUGCAGUCUGAUGUAACCAGCUCAAAGAUUGGUAGUAGGUUCAAAGAGCCCAUUUUUUUUCCUUAUGGGCAUGGUGCUGACUUGUGUCUGUCACGUCAUGUUUGUGUGUGCUUUCUAAUUUGAGAGAUGUGGAGCUUGGGUUUUUUUUAAACACAUUUCAGGCAAUUCACAUGGUAGCAAAUUAGGCUUACUUACCUGUCUUUAACUGCCAGGGCUCCUCCAACACCAUGAAAAAAAAACAACAACAACAACAAAAAUCCCCAACACAGUUACAACACUGUCUGCUAGUCCUCUACUGUAAUAGGUAUUUGCUAGGAAUUUUGUUACUUAAUUCUCAGAUUUCUACUGAAGUCUUCAAGAAAUGUCAGAUAAAUCUGGUGACUUAAUGCCUUUGAUUUAUUGAUUUGUUCCACCAGCUUCUCUCUCGAGUCCUCAGUCUAUGACCUCUCCUUAUCUUUGUUAUUUGGAAAGCAUGAGUGUCUCAUUUAGAUACCACUCAAACACCAUCUCUGGUGAAGACUGAUGCAAAUAAAUCAUUUAGAUUCUUGUCAAUGUCCUUAUUGUCUUUAAUUGCUCCCUCUACUUUUUGUUUGGGGUGGCCUACUGGUUCUCUCCAGUUUUCUGCUUUUGGUGUACUGAGCAAACAUGCAUUUUCCGUUUUAACUUCCUACUAUUUGCUCUUCAAAUUCCCUCUUUGCUUGCUCAAACUCCAUCUUAACUAUUACAUACCUUCCUUUCAGCUUUAUAAAGUUUUGAUUUCCAUUCUCUGAAGGCUCUCUAUUUGGUCUGAAUAACUUCAAAAAUCUCCAGUUCAGUCACACCAGCAUUUCCUUGUCUUUCAUUUAUCUAAGGGAAUGCCAUAUUCCAUUGCUAUUUUUAAGCCCUUUCCACUUUCAAUCUGAGGACUUCAGAGGGGUUGGCUUUUUUUUUUUUUUUCAUUUUAUUUAGGACCAAUGAUUAUUUAAAAGAAAAAUGGUGUUUUUUUUGUUUUGUUUUGUUCUUAGUCUUUGUAUCUAAUAUCAAGUAUCACCCUACUAGGUUUUAGGGGGUAGUGUUUUGAAGAAGUUUCCUCCUACCUCUUCCUAAAUGCUUUCUCCUAGUCAAGGGGUCAGUUUUAACAUCAUACAGAAUACUCGUGUUCUUCUAACAGGGGAUCUUAUCUUGACACAUUCUGUCCUGUGUCUCCCUUUUCCCCUCCACUCCAAAACUCAAGUCCCUAGAAUCUUUUCAGCCCUGUAGGCCCCUUCCAGCACCAAAAUCUGAACUCUGUAUUUCCCAGCACCUUCUGACAUCCCGCUGUGUUUCAGACAUAAUUACUGUUUCAAAUAAUUGCUGCCUGGCUGGCACCCAAUCCUCCUAUUUCUGUUUUCAUGCUUCUCCCUUUGAUGUAACAGGCUCUGCAGUUAAAGUUUUGGCCAUAACUCUUACCUUUUUCAAUGCCUUAUUAUAACUCCCUGAUAUGUUUCCAUGAUUUCUCUCUGUUGUCACAGCACAUAUCUUCAAAUGUUUGGCUGUAAUUUCCAUCCUAGCAUUUUCUGGCUGAGGGUCAUCUGCCAUUUGCCAUCUACCAUUUUAAAAUGUCUUUGUGUAUUCUGAAUAGUCCUUAGUAUCAAUCAGAUUUUUUUUCCAAGUCCUACUUUCAGUAAUUCCUUCCAGCCUUGCUAGUUUCCUGUGUGAGCAAUCUGGUUCCAUAUCGUUUUUGUGAAUUUUAUUCUAUUUGUAAUCAUCAUCUUGGAUUCAGUAACAUAAAGGAAUUAACAAUGUGCCUGUGGUUCCACCGCUUUUGUUAGACUGAAAAUCAGAUGUGAUCACAUUAUUUCUAAAGUGCUGAAUUUUUACCUGGUAGGCUUCAUGUGGUUUGUAUGCAAAUCAUAAACUGCGUUUUCCGUAUACUGCGACAAGUGGAGGCACUUUGUAGGGUUAUUUGCAGUAGCUAUUGCAGCAGAGUAAGACCUGCAUUAGAAGAAAAAACUUUCUUAAAAAAAAACUUAAAAGAAAAACUUUGUCAGGACUUUAGUUACUAUUUCUGUCCGCAGGGGAAAAUAAGGCCCUAGCACAGCUGAACAGUUUUAUAAAUGCCCUGCACAAAACACAUUGCACAGUAUUUUCUGGUAGGUAUAAUCAUACAUCGCCCAAUUAAAUAUGAAAAAUACAUUUUUAAUGUUCUUAUUUUUACAUGCAAUUCUAUCUGGAAGAUAAUGCAUUUUCUUCUGUGUCUUGCCAGUUUCCCCCAUUACUCCAGCUUGCCUAAUAGCCCCAUCCAUUUUUGGCUGAGAAAGAUUAAUGACCACCAGCACAGGGAGCCCUGGCGAAUCAGCAGAGAUAUUACUCUUAGGCACUGCACAAGAGGUUCCUUGCUGCGCUGCCAGAUAUUGUAUGGGUGUUCCUCAGGUUUCAGUGCAGCAACAGAACACAGCAAGCUCAGCAAGAGGGGUGAGUGUCAUUAUUUAUGAACUUCAACAAGGUCUAAACUAUUAGAUGGUAGGAGUGCAAAAAAAAGAAUGCAUCUUUGUUAGCUCCAAAACUAAUUCAAUUCUAGGAAAAGAAAGCAGCCAAGUUUCUGCAACUCCAGUGAGUACGACUGGAACAAAGUCACUCUUCGACAGUGACAGCCGAUCACCUAGUAUUUCCACUUCAGUGUUGAAAAUGCAGAAACAUCAAUAGGUAAAUGAAGUAACCUUUACAGUAAUAAUUCAGAAUGUAUAUUUAGAAUGUAUGCUUACAUCCAAACACUUUGGUGAAUUGGGGAUUAUUUGAAGACUGUUAUUUUGUUUAUAAUAUAAAUUUUAAGUUUGGAAAAGCUGCUGGCUGUGCACAGCUAGUUAGGGAUCAGGAAACAUAAAAAUCUGGAUUGAGAAAUACCUUGCUUUUAUAGGAAUGUGCUUUCAUCAGUAGUUAGACAUUCCCAAAAGAAGACACGAAGUCCUCAAGAAUUUCCAAAGAAGCUAGCCUACAUUUCAGUUGGCUGGAAUGUAUUCCUCUUAUGAAUACUAGGGAUUUGGGGGUUGCUUGCACUGCAAUGAUCAGUUGAAAAAAGAAUCUGGGAAUUAGAAAGACAGCCAAAUAUUUGUUUGUGUGAUGGAUCGUAUGGAUUUAUUUGUCCAGACGUGUUAAUAGUUACCGUAAUGGAAAUGUUAGCUCAUUGAUGGUGUCAGGAUGCAAAAGGUCUGAAACCCAAGCUAAGAGCUUAGUAUCUUUUCUGUCAUUCUGUGCUAUAGUUUCCCCUCUGAGGAUGAGAACUGCUCCUGUCUCCCAGCUACUUACUGUUUCAGUAGCAUUAAAAUGUCCUAAACCUCUGCAACAUCUGUUCAUGGGAAGUCACUGUGCAGGUGACAAAGGCUUCAUUUGAGCUCCAUGCUCUGUUGCCAUGAGACACAAGAUUUCAAUCCAAAAGAAGUAGUUCUGACUUGGGGCUAAUUCUCUGAUCAGAUACGUAGACACCAUCCUCUCAGAAUAUAUUCAAGAAGAGGUCUCAAAACACAAGGCCAAGUAAUUCAAGCCAAGCAAAGUCUGUUCUUCAGUAUUAUGGCAAUAUAAUUCUCAAACAGUGGAUGCAUGCAUUGUCCAAAUUAACCACUAUAUCUCAAGACUCCUGCUAAGGCUGCAAAAUCAGUCAAGUGAGAGGUACUGUAUCUGAAAAUUCAAGUUGCUGGUGGAACUGGUGCUUGGCUCAUACAACUUCAUUCUCUCCCCUGAUACAUACAGAUUAGGACAUAGUCCCUACAGGAUCAUUUGCUGGUGUUUUAGAGGACUUCUCUUUCAUGCUAUACACAGAGUGGGUGGUACUCAGGGAAUUAGACAGCUGGGUGAUAUUUCUUUUUACUUUUGCUUUCAUUGAGCUUCUCAUAGUAUGAUAGCUGCCUUGAUUUUGAGCAAAGCCAGACUUUUUUUUAUUCUUUUUUUUUUUUUUUUCCAAAUGAUAGGUUUAAACUAUGAUUUAGGAAAAUCAGUUAUCCCCCAUGGCCUCAGGCUUUCUGAGCAUAAUGCCUGCAGUUCUGUUCUAUGGGCUUUUCUAGUGUGGAGGGAUCCUGCAGAGCUGAUGGAAAUUACACACUCCAAGGCCGUGUAGCACUCAGCCCUAAGCCUAUGAAUGCUAACUGCUGAACAUAUCAGAGUGAUGAAUCCCAGCUCUGCCCAAGCCCCCAGCAUGUCUGCCCCCACUUUGAGAGCACUCUGAAAGCACAGUUUGUCAGGAAAGAGAUGGAGUAAAUAAUUCAGGAAGGUUGAGAGGGGGGUGUUAAAUUUUAUGUAGCCAAAUUUCCAGAGGAAUAAAGAAGGCAAAAGCAUUCUGGGGUCCCUAAGAAAGGUUGUUUGUAGGAUCCGUGGUUUGGACUAAGGUCAUUUGUGGCAUUUCUUACCAAAUGCUGUCCACUGUGGCCCAGAUGUAGUAAAUUAUAUGGAUUGUAAAAUUCAUGGAAAUCUGCACUUAAAUUAAACCACUCUCAACUCAAAGACUUUUAAUUUGAUUGAAUUCCUUGGAUUCCCACAUUGCUCCUAGUGAAAAAAAUAAUAAUAAUAAAAUUAAAGGAUAAUGGCAGCUUGGUAACAGUAGGAGUCUGAUUAUCCACCCUUUGUAAAAUUGUCUGCACCUUAAGUCAGCACUAGGGUCAAUGGCUGGGGCAAAGCUGGCAUUAGCAAGAUUUGUAGAAUUUCUUCUUUUGAUCCACCUGUGGAUCUGUUGUUCCAGCAGUGCUCUCCAGCAAUGCUAUAAGGAAAGGAAAAAGGAUCCAGUGAUGUCUGAUCUCUGAACUGUUCAUCCAGUCAGAACUAACCACCAGCAGCAGGGAGUACAACACUUCGAUCUGCUUUUUGAGAGGGCAGUAGUGAGUUCAGUAUUAAAUCUAUUAUUCCAAUAGACUUUGCAGAGCUUUUCUGGAUUUUAGAUAUGUGCUCACAGGGAAUGACAGAGGCCCCUUGGGCUUAGGUAGAGAUGGGGCUCGUUGGUUUGCUAGUCCAGAAUGAUAACAAGAGAUGCGUGCAUUUUCCCUCAAUACCUUGCCCAGUGUUUACUAAUUAUAUUAGCGGCAAUUAAUCCAGCUGGCUUGAGACACAGCAUUCAGGCUGGGCAGAAAGCUUCUGCUGUGCUGAUAAGAGAAUAGACAGAUGAAUGAAAUGAUACUUUCUGUCCAUAACACCAGUGAGUAUUGUCAUAAUUAUUCACAUGACCAAAUCAGCCAUGGAUAAUUAUUACAUUAUCCAUGGCUCAUGGAGAGUUUACAUCUUUCACUUUUCACUAUUAGGGUUUAUUCAAAGUACAGCAAAAGCAAUCCAAAAGCAAUGAUUUCUGUAAGACCCAAAGGAUUAACAUUUGUGGAGACUCAGUGCAAAAAUAUCCAACAGGUUAAGCUGCCGUAUUCUGUAAUCAAAGCAGAAAAUACAGUCACUGUCUUCUUUCUGUUUGCACUUAUUAGAGCAAAACAAGUGCAUGUGAUAAAAACAAAUCCCUCAGUAGGACUGCCCAGGACCUGAAUAUUUUAUUAUAAUUUUUGUUGGUUUCAUUUCCAUUCCUAUACGUGAAACAAACAGUUUGAAAAAGGUGUUGGUUUUUUGGUUUUUUUUUUUGUUUGUUUGUUUUUAAUGUUCUCAGGUUGAUAGACCUUUCUUCUGCAUCACUCAGAUUAGCAACAGUUUGUUCUGGGUCAAAGAAGAGUAGUUGUUGGGACAUACUAAUCACUAGGCCUUUCCUGUAGCCAAGGAGAAUCGCUCUUUGCUUUGUGCUAUCACAGGUUUUAUUUCUAUCUUAACAGAGCCUGUUCUUUUAAGUAUGAAAGACCACUGGCUUGUGCUGUCCCACUGGGUGAGUUAAUUACUAAAGCAAUAUCAAUACACCAUGGCAUGGCACCUGGGCCUCCACACAAAUUUAUUCUUCUAAUAAUUUUUUUCCAAUUUUAAUCGUAAAGUCUCAGCCUAAGAGGAACUUCAGCAAUCUGAAGCUGUAGGAAUGGGAUCACUGUGUUUUGUUUAAUUUCUAACAUAUUGUUAUUGUUGAACUUUUCUGUACCCUAAACCUGUGUAUCUUCCAGAAAAAAAUGCUUUUUUUGAGAAUGUCACUGUGAGUUAUCCAAUGGGGUUGAAACCAGCAGCAUGUACAAAAAAUUUGCACAAGUUUCUACAAUUUACAAAUUUGCUACAAUUUCUUUAGAACUCAAUUUCAGGAGCCUUCUUCAAUGAGGCCAUUACAGGGUUUUCUACUCUUUGCCUGCAUUCUCAGUAUCCUGGACCCCCAAAUUCACAUUUACCUCAGCCUUUGGUAGGUGUUGGCAGGUAUUUUAAAGACAGUAUGGACACUUUCCUUGAUGUUGAAGUCCGUCUGUGACUAUUACAUAGAGAAAAGCAUUUCUCCAUUGUGGGUAGGAUGGUGAAGGUGACCAUUUGUGGCUCUGGAAGAUGCGAAGACUUUAGAAGAGUUGACAUAGGGCAUUUGUUCUCAGGUCAUAGGUUUUGCUUUUCCUAUACAGUUGAAUUGACUUCCACAAAGCCACCUCCCAGUAGCAUACCUGGCAAUAGACAAGCACCAACUCACAGAACAAGUCCAUAAGCACUCCUUUUCACACCAAAUCCACUACAGAUCGUGUUGGCAUCAUUUGUUCUGCUUCUCCACUCUGCAGCAGAAAAAGGCCCAACACCUGAAGAACAGUAGCACUAGAGUGAUCUAAAUACCAAAUGUUCUUUGUAAUACCAGAAACCCUAUGUUUUUAGGUGCCCAGCUUGAAGAAUUCAGGCCCAGAUUCAUCCUAUGCAACUUGGCAGCUGUCAGAGACGCAGGGUGUUGGAGCUGGUCCUCUUAGCUUCCUUUGGUAGGCAAUGGAGUGAGCAGGACAUCUGCAGACAGCUUUUGUUAUCUCCUAAGCCCUAAAUCACCCCUCUGCUCUCUGACUAGUAGAAAAGGUUGCAGCGCUGACGGUUUCCUGUGCAGGUCCCUCUGGAGUGCACCUGCCUGAAGUAACAUGGGACAAAUCUGGGCCAGUAAGCAUCAGUUUUAGAGCUGCCACCUCCUCCUUUUAUGAUUGCAGGUGUCAAAAUCCCCUGGAAACUGAGCAGUAAGUGCUACAAGGCUGCAAACUCAAUAUUAGCUGACAAACUUGAAAACAACAAUCUGUGAUGGAAAAUGUGUGGGUGGAUCAGCCUUGGGAGGGGAGCGAUUCGCGGACUCCAGGAGCUGUGAUACGCAUUGUGACAGGCACCUCGCGCUGACAGCCAAGAAAACACUCAUUUUCAGCACAAAGCUGUGAGCUUCAUAACGAUGGUUAAAGUAUUACCCAUAGCAUUGCUGGGCUGGUUGUGCAAUGUUUGUUGCACUGUAUUACUGCUGUGUAAGUGCUGGAAGAAGCAGCAGCUUCUGCAGUGUGUCAGCCAGCACUUUUCCAAAGGUGCAGGUAGGGAAUAUAUGAGAAAGAAGAUU